AUGUCCAGUUUGCAAAAUCCCGCUACCAAGCACGCUCAACCGGAUUCCAUGGCUAUUUACCAAGAAGUAAACCCAGAAACUCCUCAAAAGCGCCUUCGUCCUGCUCAUGCCUCUGAAUCUGACCUCAAAGAAAGCCUGGAAAAUCUUGACUUAAACUCCAGUAUCCGAUCCAAAACUCGAGCAGAGCUUGAGCAAAAGCUCUUUUCUGACGAGGCAAUCCCUCGCAAACAAGCUAAAAUAGCAUCUGACACUGAAAGCGAUGUCUCCAUGGAGCCCGGAGAAAUCCCAGAACACCUCGGAGAAAACUUUGACGUCGCUGCUGAGAUCUUUGGACCAGCCCCAGAGCCAGGCCAAGCUGAAGCAAGAAAAAUCGAAUUUGAGCCUUAUGACUACAUCAGCCAGUAUGGAACAGCAGAAGAUAUCAUGCUAAAGCAGCUUGACAUUCCGGAGCGUUUACAAAUUUCCCUAAAAAACCGCGAAUAUCCAACUGAAGCUGAGCUGAACUUAGAAGAAGAGUGGCUCUUGCAAAGGCUUCUUCAAAAGAAUCCUCAUGGGAUUAAAGGAGCAAUCAAAGCAAAAAUCCAUACUUUCUUGUUACUAUAUAGGGUAGAAAAAUAUGAAAUUUCUUUCAUAUAUAAAUACAGGCUCGAUGUCCUGAAGCCAGAAAUAGAAACUGAAAAUGACUUACUAGAGCUUUGGGCGUGGGAUAAAGAUUGGGGCUUCUUGUACUCAACAAAACAAAAUCUGCAAAAUUUACUUAAUUCAGCUGCAGCUAAUGGAGAUGCAUUAUCAAAAGGAAGGCCUCUGAAUGAUGGUGACAAAGUUUUAGUUUCAGAAACUCCUGGGAUUUUGCCUGACUGUGUAAGCGCACUGCUAAACUCUCAUUCAACAAAUGACUAUUUGCUAGAAAUAAAUGACCUCGAAGCCUAUAUAAAAGCUUAUGUAUAUACUCACCAAGAUGGAAGUAGAAUGCUGAGAAAAGCAUAUAACCCAGUCCAAGAGUCCAGAAUGAACAAGCUCAAUGAAUUCGCUGCAAAAGCAGGCCUAAGUCCUUCACAGAUCUCAGAGAAUCUAAAACAAAACAAACAAGUCCACAAACCUCUUAAGCCAGACCUGAAGCCACAAGGUUUAGCAUUCAAACUGCGCAGCCCUACCUUUUCAGAAGAAAUUCAAGUCAUCACAAAUGCUUGCAAUCUCAUGCAGGCCGAACUUUCUAAUUUCCCAGCAUUUAGGAGCUUCAUACGAGAAGAAUACAAAAAGCAUGUGAAAAUUUAUACAUCGCCAACUGAGAAAGGCAAAACAGUUCUGGACGUGUUUCACCCAUUCUAUGGAGUCAAGAACCUCGCCAAUGGUAAACCAAUAGACUCUUGGUCACCUGAGCUUUGGGGUCAAGCCUUAAAAUGUGAAAGCUCUGAUCUAAUAAAAAUUGAGUUCAAACUGCCAUGGGAAGACGCCAAAGAAGACAAGAUUUUCAACUUGGUUAAAGGACUCUACACAACAGUCACAACUGAAAGCGUCGAAUCAGAAUGGAACCAGUUCAGAACUGAAGUUUUGAAGCUCACAUUUGCACAGCUCUAUAAAGAGUUUGAAGACAGCUUCAAGAAACAACUGCUUUCAAAAAGUGAAGACUGGAUUAUUGAACAAAUUCAAAGCAAGUUUAGUGAAAUGCUGAAUAGGCCAAGCUACAUUGUGGAAGGGUCAAAUAAUCCAUGUGUUGUUUCUAUAGUAACUGACCCUGAUGUAAAAUUCCUAGGCCAGACAGCUGUGGUGGCGCUCAAAAGAAAUGGGGAUAUUAUUGACAUAGCUUUGCUCAACACUUUGAUGGUGCGGAAACCUGAAGAAUUGCAUGAAACUGACAAGGCAAGAUACUUACUCCCCCCCCCCCCCCUCCGUGAGCGAAACAAAACCAUUAGAAAAAAUCGCCAUUUUUUGACCCAAAAACCCACCCUCCGUGAGUGAACAAAAAUUUUUUUAAUAGAAAAAAAUUUUAAUGGAAAAAAAUUUGGAUAUAUAAGUGAUAAUUAGUAUAAUGAAAUCUAGAGCUAAUUCUGUUUAAUUUUAACCAAAUUGCGUUUUAAAACAUAAAUUUUGCAAAUUAAAUUAAUAUUUGCUUCCCAAUUUUUGCAAAUUAGGAUUUUUUUAAAUUUCGAAAAAAAAAUAUUUUUUAUAAAAUUUAUAUAUAAAUUUUUUUAAAAAAAAAAAUUAACCCCCCUCCGUGAGCGAACAAAAUUUUUUUGUUCGCUCACGGAGGGGGGGGGGGAGUUAAAAGAAAGAUCUCAAUUCAUCAACCUGCUUUUAGCCAGCAAGCCAAAUGCGAUCAUCAUUGGGGCCAACUCGCUGCAAAGCGUACAGCUAAGAAGAUCUAUUGGACUGCUGGCUGAAGCUUUAACUGUGGAUAGCUUUAACGAAAUGGAAAUUGGUGUAGAAGUAGACAAAGCCCAGCUUUUCAGCAAAACCCCUCUUAUCACUAUGGGAGAUACCAACAUCGCCAAACUCUUUGCCACAUCCCAAAGAUCAAUCAAGAUGUGUGAGAAUCAUAAAGUUUUGACCAGGAUGGCUAUUUCGCUAGGAAGAUCUUUGCAAAACCCUAAAGCUGAAAUUCUAGGCUUAUGGAACGACCCAAAUGAGUUGCAGAUCAAAUAUCUAAGUCUGCAUCCUUUAGAGUCCUUAGCUAAUGAGCACAAAAAGCUGGCAAGCAUGGAAAUUGUUGCUGUUUGCGUCUGCUCACACUCUGGGGUUGACAUUAACGAAGUCAUGCAUAAGCCGCAUUUAUAUGGACUUUUGUCAUUUAUCCCUGGGCUAGGACCUGUGCGAGCUUACUCAUUAAUAGAAAGCAUCAAGCAUAUAUGUGGUGGUACUUUGACUACAAGACAAGAAAUUCUUACUAAAAGAAUCCUCCCUCAGAGAGUCUGCGAAAAUGCUUGUGGAUUCAUAAAAAUCCCUUACGAGCUUGGAAAAACUAAUCCAUUGGACUCCACCAGAAUUCACCCUGAAUACUACGAGCUAGCUGCAAUAGUCUCAAAAAGCGCUUUAAACGACGAGCAGGUCCCUGACGAGCUUCUAAUCCACGAAAUCCUUAGGUCUCCUCAGAAAAUGCAAGAACUAGACCUUGAUUAUUACGCUCAAAUGCAGGCCGAAAAAGGCUUCAAAAACAUGAAAGAGACCCUAGAGUUUAUCGUUUCAGAGCUCAGCUCUCCAUUUGGAAACCCCAAAAAACGGUACUUUGAGCCAACUCCAGAAGAACUCUUAUACAUGUGCACAAAUGAAACCCCCAGCACUCUUAAGCGUGGAAGUGUAGUCCAGGUUAUGGUUCUUGGCUAUGACGAGCGUCGUGAAUGUUUAAGGUGUCUGCUAGAAUGUGAGCUAGAAGGGAUUAUCGAGCAAAGGCACCUUGUAGAAGGAAGGAUCCCUAAUGAAGCAGACCUGAAAAAAUUUGUGAAGGGUGGAAAACUCACUGCAAGAAUCAUUGAAGUCACAGCUAAGCUGCGGUCACAAAAAGACUUAUUCUUUAAAAUGAAAUUAAGCUUGCUUCCAGACGACAUCAUAAACCACGGCAAGUUUAUUAACCUCACUCUUGAUGAAGCCUUUAUCAUAGAAGAAGGCGACUGGACUGAAAAAACAGUGAUGGAGGACGAGCAGAAAACUGGCCAAAAAUACGUCCCAAGGGUAAUAAACCACUUGAAAUAUAGAAAUGUUGGGAUGAGGACUGCAUGUGAUGAGCUCUCGUCAAAAGAAAUUGGAGAUUUUAUAUUCAGACCCUCAAGUCGUGGGCAAGAUCACUUAACAUGCACGUGGAAAUUUUAUGAUUAUAUAUAUGCACAUCUCGAUAUCAUAGAAGAAGGAAAGCCAUCUGCCAAUAUGCUGGGAUCCAGAUUUCGCAUUGGGACUGAAGUAUAUGAGUCUCUGCAAGAUGCUGUUGAUCGCUAUAUAGCAUAAUUAAAAAAUGGCGUCUUCGUCUGGGUAUGGCCUCCGGCCAUACAGCCUCGAUACAUAUUUUAAUUAUAUCCGGCAAGGUUUUACCAUUUCAGAGAAGGACAGCGAUGCUAGGUAAGCAAUUCUGGUUGUGUGCAGAGCCUAGCCCUAGUCCAAUCUCAGAGGUGGAUUUUUCCUCAUGGGGAAGGAGGGUACGGAGUUGGAAAGGGGAAGCCCAGCAGAGUCCACUAGACCAAUCGGGCAACUCCCUAACGUGAAACUGGGCGUUACGUCCCAGGCUACGUAUUUUUCCUUUUUGCCCAUAGCCGACCAGAAAAUCCAUUUUUUUUGGUUUUCGAAAAAGCAACCCAUGUUACAAGUCAGUAGCUCAUUCAUGAGCCGUCGAAGCCGGAACACUCGUCUGGAGGCUCACCUAUAUUGUGUAACAAAGCAGGCCAGCCCGGUGGUCUGUGGGCCCGAUGCGGCGAAAGCGAGCGGCAGGUCUGGGACUAUGCCUACCCCGUAGUGGACGUAAAACGUUAUAAAUCGUAAUUAAGAUUAAGAUUAAGAUUACGCUGGGUAUUUAAGGUCCCUACUACGUCCGAGGUCGCAUGCCACGGUUUCCCGUGUGGUGGCAGAGCGUUCACCAAGCCGGGCCGAAACCCCCGGUUUCUCGGUAGAGGUAUUGUCAAGGGCCGUCUCAUACCGGCUUUGCUGACCACCUCCAUUUCCAACUUGGAUCGUCGCCUAAGUUUACGCCAACUCCGCUUCGUCGUCCGCCAGAUCUGCCCAUUGAAGGGCACCUUUUCAACUGGAGAGACCCCCGUUUUGGUGUCUAACUCGCCUCCCCUCUUUUCCUGUCAUCCCGAGAAAGAACUCAACAGCUUUCGCCAUUCGGGGCGAGCCACUAAAGCAGCUUACUCCCCCCCCCCCUCCGUGAGCGAACAAAAAAAAUUUUGUUCGCUCACGGAGGGGGGUUAAAUUUUUUUUUUUAAAAAAAAAAUUUAUAUAUAAAUUUUAUAAAAAAAUAUUUUUUUCGAAAUUUAAAAAAAUCCUAAUUUGCAAAAAAUUGGGAAGCAAAUAUUAAUUUAAUUUGCAAAAUUUAUGUUUUUAAAACGCAAUUUGUUUAAAAUUAAACAGAAUUAGCUCUAGAUUUCAUUAUACUAAUUAUCACUUAUAUAUCAAAAUUUUUUUCCAUUAAAAUUUUUUCUAUUAAAAAAAUUUUUGUUCACUCACGGAGGGUGGGUUUUUGGUCAAAAAAUGGCGAUUUUUCUAAUGGUUUUGUUCGCUCACGGAGGGGGGGGGGGGAGUUAGGCAGGUAAUUCACCCUGCCUCAUUUCGGGGCACUCACUGGGCUGAGCGCUGCUGGCAAAAAGAAGUCACGAAUAACUGCCCAUGGGUCUGGUCGCAAAAACAGCGGCUCUCGCGCUUAGGCCUCUCGCUUCGAGGUCCCAGACGUUGUUGGGCUAAUUCCUGGCUCCAAAAACCAUGCCCGGAUAUACAUGGGUAACACCACUGAGAGGGUGGGUCGGUCGCCAUACGCCAUUUUAUGUAUAUUAUAAAUCGUAAUUAAUUGAUCGCUAUAUAGCACCUUGUGAAAAACUUGUAAGAGAAGCUAUCACUCAUCCAAAAUUCAAAGAAACAAACUCAGCCAGCCUAACAGUUUUAGAAAAUUUGAUUUCCCAAGAAAAGACUACGAGGCCGACAACAGUUCCUUAUUACUUUGCUGUGACCCCUCAUUAUCCUCAAUAUUUUGUUCUUUUAUAUCAAAAAACGGACCAAAUUAUUAAAGAAUUCAUCAAGGUCAAGCCUAAAGGUCUCUUUUUCCAUGAAGCCUACCAUCCGAAUAUGGGAUUUUUAAUAAGCUGGUUUAAGCGCCACUGCAAUGAUCUUUCUUAUUUAAGCCAGCUCUCAAGAUCUAAACCUCCAAACAUUGAUACUUCAAAUGCUUUUCUCACCCAAAACAAACCUCCAGAGCAAGACGAAAACGCUCAAGUCGUGUCCCAAACUCCUGCUAGAACUCCUGGGUGGGGCAAUGCAACACCUUAUGAUAAAACUCCGCAUAUUGGUGCUCAGGAAUGGUCUGGCGGCAAAGACUUAACUAAAACUCCAAGAGCUGAUGAGUGGGGAAGCACAAGCAAUUUUGAAAGCUGGGGCGGCGAAGAAAAGAAGCAAGAAGCAAGCAAUUCUGCCCCUAAAAAUUCUGGAGGAUGGGGAGGAAGCUCUGGUGCAAGUCAGCCACCAGCACAAAGCUCUGGAGGCUGGGGAGGAGGAAACUCUAGUGCAAGCCAACAAAGCUCAGGAGGCUGGGGAGGAGGUGGCGAAGAAAACAAACAGAGCUCAGGCGGAUGGGGUGGAAGCAGCCAAGGCGGCCAAAGUUCUGGAGCUUCAUGGGGAGGAUCUCAAGAAAAAUCAGGCGGAAGCUGGGGAGAGUCAUCUGGAGAAUCUUGGGGCUCAUCAGCUCCACAAGUUCCGUCCACAAAUUGGGGUGGUUCUGAGGAUAAUGACCAGUCAGCAGACAGAGGCUCAAGAGGAGGCCGCGGAGGCAGAGGAAGAGGAAGGGGAUGCUUCAAAUGUGGUCAGGAAGGUCAUAUGUCUAAAGACUGCCCAAAUCCAGGAGAAAAUAAACCUAAAGGCUGCUUUAAAUGUGGUCAGGAAGGCCAUAUGUCAAGAGAAUGUCCAAAUCCAGGCGAAAGCAAACCUAAAGGCUGCUUUAAGUGCGGCCAAGAAGGCCAUAUGUCAAGAGAAUGUCCAAAUCCAGGCGAAAGUAAACCUAAAGGCUGUUUCAAAUGUGGCCAAGAAGGGCAUAUGUCAAGAGAAUGCCCCAACCCAGGCGAAAGCAAACCUAAAGGCUGCUUUAAAUGUGGCCAAGAAGGCCAUAUGUCAAGAGAAUGCCCCAACCCAGGUGAAAGCAAACCUAAAGGCUGCUUUAAAUGUGGACAAGAAGGCCACAUGUCAAGAGACUGUCCAAAUCCAGGAGAAAACAGAGGAAGAGGCAGAGGCCGAGGAAGAGGACGAAGAGAAUCUGGAGAUAACGACAGAGAAAACUCUAACUCAGGGUCUUCUGGCUGGGCUGACUCAGGAAGUUCUUCUGCAGGAUGGGGUAGCUCAGGAGGUUCUAGUGGUGGAUGGGGGGAUUCUGGAAGCACUACUCAAGCAAGCUCAUCUGGAUGGGGAGACGCAGGAAGUUCUACACAAGCAAGCUCAGGUGGCUGGGGUGGGAGUACUGAAACUACUCAAUCCUCAUCCAGUUCUUGGGGUGGAAGUACAACUCAGCCUGCUUCUUCUGGAGGCUGGGGUGAUUCAUCAACGCCUGCACCAACUACAAGCGGAGGAGGAGGAUGGGGUGGUUCAUCAUCGACAAGUUCGCAGCCAACUUCAAGUACCCCUGCAAGCUCUUCAUGGGGAAACCCUCCAGCAGAGCAAGCUCCAGCUUCGUCAUCUUGGAAUUCAGCACCAGCCCCUCAGCAGUCAUCAUGAAACUCAACACCAGCUCAAAGCAAUGAAAAGCCUGGUGAAAGCAAUACUUCUUCUUGGGGAGCCAAACCUGCUGAAAGCUCUGGAAACUCGUGGGGAAACAGUUCAAGUGGCUCUUCAUGGGGAUAA